UGAAUGGCAUGGGCAGCCUGAGGUCGAGGUCCCUGGAUUCGCUCCAGAGCAAGGCCCAGCAGUUCGCGGCGCUUGAGCGGGCGCUGAGCGCCAGCGAAGCCCAGGGCGCGCGCAGCGCAAGGGACUCCACGGAGGACUGCUUUCCCCACUUGUGCCAGGCGCCUGAGCGCCAUCCCCAGUUGGAUAUGGCUGGAGGGGGAAGUGCCAUCGGGCUGGGAGAUCGCCCAACCGAUUUCGACUUUGCUGCAAACAGGGCUGUGCAGGGCCUUGGCACGCCGUUCCUGGCAAUGAACCGCGACAUUGAGGUGCCUCCCGGACUGCUCCUGGGCGGCUGGAGCAGUGGCGGGAGCGGCCAGCUGGAUGAUCCGUGCCAGGGAUGCGAGCUUUUCCCCCGCAGCAGCAGGGUGUCGCUGUGA